GUCCCGGCAUGCUUUUCUGCAGGGCCGAGAAGAAGAAGCGUCAUGAUGGAGUCCGCUGGUGGCUAACGUGACAAACCUUGUUAAUUUGAGUUGAAUAAAGUUUGAGACGUUCAUGGUUCAUCAGAGAAAGUUAACCGGAAGAAUCUAGCCCGUUAAUGACAGCUAGAUAGCUAACUCUGCAGCGGAGACUGUCGGUAUAGCGAGGUCACCAUGGCGACGGACAUUGGCUCGCCGCAGCGGUUCUUCCACAUGCCGCGGUUCCAGCACCAGGCGCCGCGGCAGGUGUUCUACAAGAGGCCGGACUUCGCCCAGCAGCAGGCCAUGCAGCAGCUUACCUUCGACGGGAAACGCAUGAGGAAGGCCGUGAACCGCAAAACCAUCGACUACAACCCGUCUGUCAUCAGACACCUGGAGAACCGUUUGUGGCAGCGAGACCAUCGAGACUUCAGAGCCGUGCAGCCUGACGCAGGCUGUUACAAUGAUCUCGUUCCUCCUGUUGGAAUGUUGAACAACCCGAUGAACGCCGUCACCACAAAGUUUGUCCGAACCUCCACCAACAAAGUCAAGUGUCCUGUGUUUGUGAUCAGGUGGACUCCUGAAGGUCGUCGUCUGGUCACCGGAGCCUCGAGUGGAGAGUUUACUCUGUGGAACGGACUCACCUUCAACUUUGAGACCAUCUUACAGGCCCACGACAGUCCCGUCCGGGCCAUGACCUGGUCUCAUAACGACAUGUGGAUGCUGACGGCAGACCACGGCGGAUACGUGAAGUACUGGCAGUCCAACAUGAACAACGUCAAGAUGUUCCAGGCUCACAAGGAGGCCAUUAGAGAAGCCAGUUUUUCUCCCACAGAUAAUAAAUUUGCCACCUGCUCAGACGACGGGACGGUUCGGAUCUGGGACUUCCUGCGCUGUCACGAGGAGAGAAUCCUCCGAGGUCACGGCGCUGAUGUGAAGUGUGUGGACUGGCACCCCACCAAAGGUCUGGUGGUCUCUGGCAGUAAAGACAGCCAGCAGCCAAUCAAAUUCUGGGACCCAAAGACGGGACAGAGUCUUGCAACGCUUCACGCCCACAAGAACACAGUGAUGGAGGUGAAGUGGAACCUGAAUGGUAAUUGGUUGCUGACAGCAUCACGUGACCACCUGUGUAAGCUGUUCGACAUCAGAAACCUGAAGGAGGAGCUGCAGGUGUUCAGAGGACACAAGAAGGAGGCGACAGCUGUGGCCUGGCAUCCCGUCCAUGAAGGCCUGUUUGCCAGCGGAGGCUCCGACGGCUCGCUGCUCUUCUGGCACACUGGGGUGGAGAAGGAGGUCGGGGGGAUGGAGAUGGCUCAUGAGGGGAUGAUCUGGAGUCUGGCCUGGCACCCGCUGGGUCACAUCCUGUGCUCGGGCUCCAACGACCACACCAGUAAAUUCUGGACGAGGAAUCGACCCGGUGAUAAGAUGAGAGACCGUUACAACCUGAACCUCCUGCCGGGGAUGUCAGAGGACGGCAUGGAGUACGAUGACGUGGACUUGAACAGCGUCGCCUCCAUCCCUGGGAUGGGAAUCCCUGAGCAGCUGAAGGCCGCCAUGGAGCAGGAGCAGAGCAGUAAAGAGGCGGCUCCUGAGGUGGAGAUGUCCAUCCCCGGUCUAGACUGGGGCAUGGACGAGGUCAUGGGAAAAGACACCAAGAAGGUCCCGCAGAAGAAAGUACCAUACGCCAAACCGAUCCCAGCACAGUUCCAGCAGGCCUGGGCUGAGAAUAAAGUACCCAUGAUGCCGCCUGGCGGAGAAUUGUCCAAAGACAGGAAGGUGGAGCAGAAAGUGGACAUGAAGAAGAAAACUCAGGCAGAGAUCGAGCAGGAGAUGGCAGCUCUGCAGUACACCAACCCCAUGCUGCUAGAGCAGAUGAAGAUGGACCGGAUGAACCAGAUGACCCCUGAUGGGAACAUGGGCCCCCCACAGGGACAGGGCGCUAUGCCUCCCUUCCCCGGCCCAGGAGGUGCCGGAGGCCCUGGGGCCCCGAUGGCUCCUGGCCAGCAGGGCUUUCCCCCAAAUAUGCCUCCUCAGCCGAUGCCGAACAACAUGGGGCCCCCCAUGGGCCCCGGAGGUAUGCAGCCUCCUUUCAUGCCCCCUGGACAGAUGGGCCCCCCCUCUGGACCACAGUCUCACCAGGGGCCCCCUCAGGGCAUGAUGGGACCACCAGACAUGCAGGGACAACAAGGUAUGCAGAGACACCCUGGCCCCCCCAGAAACAUGGGUCCCCAGGGGCCUCAUGGCAUGGGACCCAGAGGGAUGCAGGGGCCCCCUGGUGGGAUGAUGGGCCCACCUCCUCGUGGAAUGGGUCCAAGGGAUCCUCAGGGGCCUCCACCUCAGGGGGGCAUGAUGCCACCUCAGGGGAGUAUGAUGGGCCCUCAGGGUCCCAUGCAGGGUGGGAUGAUGGGGCCCCCACCCCGGACACAUGGCAACAUGCCAAACAACUAUGGGAUGGGCAACAUGCAGGGGCCACCGGGUGGGAUGCACGGGCCUCCAGGAAAUAUGCAGGGGCCCCCUGGUAACAUGCAAGGACCCCAUGGAAACAUGCAGGGGCCCUCUGGUAACCUGCAAGGACCACAUGGAGGCAUGCAGGGGCCCCAUGGAAACAUGCAGGGGCCCCCAUAUAUGCAGCACCAGGGUCAGAACACGGGGCCCGUGAUGCACGGGAUGGGGCAGCAGGGGCCCAACAACAAAGGGGACCCUCGGGGGCCACCACCCAACCACCAUAUGGGCCCUCCUGACCGACAGGGUCCCGCGGGUCCAGACCAGGGCUCCGGUCCUUACUGGGGCGACAACCAGCAGGGUCGGCGUGGACCGCAGGACUUUGAUGGGGGCCAGGAUUUCCAUGGCAGAGGAGGAGAGGAGGGCUGGAGACCAGGAUACCAGGGAGGAGGAGGAGGAAGCCACAGGGGUGGAGGACACCGAGGAGGAGGAGGGAACGCAGGGAACUGGGCCCCAGACGGGUUCAGUGGAGGAGAGUUUAGAGGACGAAGAGAGGACAGGUUCAGAGGAGGUGGCCCCGGCCGGCCCGGAGGUCGAGGCUACCAGGAGGAGUACGGUGGCCAGGAGGAGGGCUUUGAGGGCUCAGAGGAGAUGAGCCGAGGCUGGGACAGUGGAGGCAGAGGGAGGCCGCCACGAGGAGGAGGUCCACCCAGAGGAGGAGGUCACGAUGGUUACCGGGACGGUCAGCAGAUGCAUGAUGGUUCGUCUCCGGCCGGACGUGAGCGCUCAUCUUCCCUGCAAGGGAUGGACAUGGCGUCUCUUCCUCCUCGAAAGCGUCCGUGGCAGGACGGCCCGGGAACAGGUGACCCCCGAGAGAGAGAGUCACCUGGAGCUGAUGGAGGUCGGCCUCCUCAGAGGGACGACGGAGGCUACGGUCCAUCUGGUCGAGGCGGACGAAGCGGCUGGGGUCCUGGAGGAGGACCAGGACCGGUCCCCAGGAGAGGAGGACCAGCACCCAGAGGACCACCGAGGGGGGGCGGCCGGGGCCGGUAGUCCUUAAGAAAAAACUCCCAUGAUGCUCCUCUUCUCCGGUCCUCUCCGCCCCUCUUCAGGCCUGAGACCAGGUCCAGAGCCUGAAAGACAAACUGUUGGUCAUGUGACACAUUCAGACCUCGGCUGCUGUGAAGGACGGUGCUGUCUGAUUGGUCCAUUCUGAGCUGACAGGUAGACACACAGGAAGUGUCUCCAGUGGAUCGUUUUAAUGUAAAAAUGGUGUUUGUAUCUCCGUGUUGGUUUUAUUUCACAGUGAACACUUUGUCUGCAGCUCGUCGCUUUUUGUAAAAGAUUUCUAUGUUUUUGUGUUUUCACUGGACAAUAAAGAUUCACACUUCAAAUCGAU